UGUGGAUAUGCACUCAGAGUAACAUCACAAACAUAAAAUGAUAAUUUUUAUUUCACACCACGUGAUCACAAUCAGCCAGUUAAAUGACCAGAAUUUAAUCAGGUGUUCUAUUUAAUAACAAUGCAGCAUAAAAUUCAACCUCGUUCCCAGGCUCUUUGCUCUGGGAACGAGGUUGCAUAAAAUUGCAUAAUGUUGAAAUUACGUAUUGUUGAAUGCUAAAAAUAAAUUGAUAAGUGGACGCCGCUUGGCCCGCUUGUCAUUUUUCAAAGCAAAAUUUUUAUUGCUUUCAAACAUAAAAACUAUAAUUAUUCAACCGAUUGCGCAUCAUCAUGAAACAAAGAUUGUUUCUGCUCGUGAAUAUUGCUUUAAUUGUGCUUUUUUCUCCUUUAUUUACGAAAUCUGAUGCGCGGGAUAGCGCCGGCUAUGUGGACACAAAGCAACAUGACCAUGAAAUUGCGAACAAGGACGUUGGUUAUAACUUUUUGCACGCGUACAAGACAGCACUGAGAAAUGGCUGGCGGGGAAUUACAGAAGAAACGGGAAGAAAAGUUACGCCAGAAUGUCGUAGAGACAUUAAGAAACUUUUACACAACGACACUAAACUUCUGAUGCAAUGUAUAUAUUAAAUAGAUUAUUUUUAGUACUAUAUAUAUUUUUUAUAUUUAAUUAACUUAUUAAGCUGCAAUGUGGCCUAAUGUACCCUAAUUUGUUAUUUUACUCUGUCUAAUGAUGGUUCUCAAAAGCUGCAUAUUAUGUAAAUAAAAUCAUAUGGUGUUAAACAGCAAAACAACAAAGUUGGGUGCAUACUGAUUUUAUGAGUCAAAAACUUAGAAUAUUUCUUGGAAUGAGGCUGCAGGGGUUGGUGACCUUCCUCCUUUUUUUUCUUUAUUUUAAAAUUUGCUUCCUUUUAGAUGUUGAUGCAGUUGGUAAACCACAAAGUGGCUUACUACGGAUGAACACUAUUUGGCUGGGGUCGUACGCUGAAUGCAGAGAUAUUUCUAAUGCACAUUAUUGUACAACAAAUCUAGCAAUGACUGUUCCAGCAAGUGUAAGCCCUGUAUGUUCUUUUGCAUUUGUUCCGCAUGUACAGUGUAGUGUCAAUUUGUAUUUGGAAAUUAGAGUGGAGCUUAAAUUCUUACUGGAUAGACCUAGGUGGGCAAUUUCUUCCUGACCCCCCCCCCCUUUAGUAGAUUCAGUAUGUAUCCAUUCUGCUAAUUUUUUCAAAAGAAACACUUGAAUGUACUUAUUGAAAAACCACAUCAAAUCUCAAACACUGCUUUUACUGUAGGUAACGUACAGGUAAAAAUAAGGUAAUUUGAUUGCUACCCAACCUCCAAAUGACAAAGUCUUUGCCAUGUCCCUGAAAGUGAAAUUUAGAAAGGUGAAAACUUUAUCACAAAUGAAUUUGUACCAUAUUUUGCAAAUCAUAUUUUAUGACUUGUUAUGCAUAUUUUAGCAACAACAUUUUGGUGCACUGUGGGGCUUAUGUUUUCCGAGCAGCUGUACAGCACAGGAUAUAGCCUUGUAUUUGGAAGAAAUUUUACCAGAAGGUAUGCUGGGUAUGAGCUACAAUGUAUCUGUGCAGAUGUGCUAGUAUACAAUUGGCAACUACACCAAUAGACUACAGUAGUAAAAUUACAUCAUUUUUAGAACCGAAGAUAUUUGAUAAAAUUGUAGUGUACUACAUCUUUUGAAUCAGAUGUAAAAAUUAAAAACUUGCAAUAUCCCAUAGUGCACAUGCAUAAUAACACAUCCUGUGUUCUGAUUAAGGUCAUGGCUUGAAAUUUGUAGUAUUGUGAUAUCCACCAGAUUUACCGUAUGGUAAACUGGUAAAAACCAUGAAAUUUAAUAUUUACAGUACCAGGAAAAUACAAUUAAUUAACAAUUAUUCGCCGAAGGCGAGGUGAUUAUCGGUGAAUAAAAACCGAGACGAAGUCGAGGUUUUUAUUCACGAUAAUCACCGAGCCUGAGGUGAAUAAUUGUUUUAGUAUAAUUUCAUAGGUGAUUAUUUGGGAAAAAAAUAAGAAAAUACACAUUUCUUGGUCAUUUAAUUGACAAAAAGGCUUCGGCCGCCAUUUUGAAAAUCGCUUAGGUGAUUAUCGUGUAAUAAUCACCUCAACGGCAACCAAUCAGCGUGGAGAAUUUUCAAUAAUCACCUAUGUAAUUAUACUAAUGGUAAAUAUUAACCCAUUGAGCUGCAAUGCACCCCAGUAUGCCCUACUAAUUUUUUUACUUGUCUAACACCAGACGAUUUUACUCGCCAAUGUGGAAGCUCUGCAGCUUAAUGGGUUAACCAAAAAAUCUGACAAUGUCUCUAGUUAACCCAAUGAGCUGCAAUUCGCCCCAGUGCGGCCUACUUAUUUUUUACUUGUCUAACGCCAGACGAUUUUACUCGUCAAUGGGGAAGCUCUGCAGCUUAAUGGGUUAAACAUCAUGGUAACCAAUAAUGGUACUGGUAUAAGAGUUCAGUUUUUACAUUGAUAGUAUACGUAUACUGUACAUGGUAAAUCUUCAAAAAUCAUUCAAAAACCAUUAAUGGAAAUUUAAAAUUUUUUUGUGGGCCUGCAGUGAUACAAUAACUUUUGAUGGCUUGAAGAUGCAUAAUGAAGCAUUCAAGCCUGUAUCUCAGAAAAAAACUUCUGAGCCAUGUAAAAGCAGCUAGAAAUUAUAUAUAUAAUUAUACUUCCAAUUUUCUAUUUUAGUGGAAGAACUAAUCCAACAUAAACUAAGUCUCAAGUACAGUAAUGUAAUGUGUCCUGCUGUCAAACCAACCUAUACCACUGGUGUCAAAGUGACCAUGUAAGAUAUGAAUGCUAAUGAAAUUAGUUGAAUUAAUAUAUUUUCCUGAAAUUUCAAUCUAUUUUAUUAACAGUUAUAAGUCCAUAUUGAGGUUAUAAAACCUCUAGUCAGAGUGUUAGCCAGAAGUAAAGAAAAAUUUACGUUUAACUGAAUUUGGGAAAAAAUAAUUAAAUUUUUAUAAUAUAACUAUUUUUUGGCUGACCUAAAUUGGCAAAUUGCGUCCUGCAAAUUGGGAAAACCGCAUUUAACACAGAAUUUUUGACUCUAGCUAACACCCUGCGAGUGUAUAAAUUGGGAUGAAGCUUGACACUUUCCUUUUAAACAGGGUAAAAUAACAAGACUAUCUGUCUAACUCUUAGUUCUUACAUUUAUAAACUAUUUCAUUAUUUUUCCUUUAGUGCCCUCUGUGGUUUUCUGAUAUUUCUAUGUCUAAUUGGCACUGCCAUAGACCUGGUUGACGAGACAUUCAACAUUUCACCGAUACCUAGAGAUAUAAGUGACAUCGCUACAGAUCAGAACACUAUGAUUACAAUGAGUCCCAAAUCAACUAAUGUCUCUAAUGAAUCAACUUCAGUCGAGGUGAAUGGUGUUGACCAUACAGGCAGUCUGACAGCAGAUGAUGUGGUUUUAUUAAACAAUUCAAGUAUUUCGGUGAAAGGUCAUUAUAUCUUCACUAUGUUUAAAGGUACCGUGUUUGAUUUGCUUUCAGCUGCCAGCCUGCCAAAUUAUGAAAUUUGAUUAAAUCGCGCGCAAAAGCAACUUCGCAAGCGCAAAAGACCUUCUAAAUAAAUACGACUUUUCGUCAAAACAGAUCAUCGUAUACAGAAUUUUGCUAACUGCAAAUGUAUAGGAAUUCAUUGUCGGUACCGAUCCACAAUAAGCUUCCAUGGUUUCUGUCUGAACUAUUUGAAAAAGAUUAAAAACACCUCCUUUCAAAUCAACUGCGAGGCCUUUCAAAUGAACGAUUACAGUUGCCAUGUAAGAAACAAGAACAGUCACUGGGGAAAAAAUGUGAAAUUCAUACUAUGAAAUUUGCAAUUGCACCACUAUUAAAUCCAUAGUAUAUCCAUACUAUUUCGAUAAUAUAUCCAUGAUAUGGAAAUAUAUAAUUAUUAUGGAUAAUCAAAAUGAGUUAUUUCCAACUGAGUUAUUUCGAAAUCAGUUUGAUGUCAACUACCACAUGACGUCAUGUGGAGGGUCAAGGGUUUGUGUCAAGGGACUAUUUACAACAUGAGCGACUGUGUUGACUUGGCUAUACCAGGGCGUAGUAAAACAGGGCGUGUUUUAUAGCGCCCUGGAUAUAUCCAAUACAACAUGGACACGAAACUAAAUGGCUUGUGAAACAUCUUAAUGAGAACAUUCGUAUUCUUCAAAAAAUUUAAAUAAAUGAAUGAUAUAAUAGGAGAACAUUUACAUAAGAUGCGUUUAUGCAUUUACAUAAGAAGCCAUUUUGUUUUUUUGUUGUUUUAGUUGACUUUAGUUCAGUGAUUGACUCCCACUUGAGUCAAAUCACAGAAUAGAUACCGGACCAGAAGGGACAAUCCUAUGUGUUUUGACUGAACGAAAACGUCCGAAAUUUUUUUACGUGCAAUGGCGCCAUCCUGGAGUGCACACGGCACUUUGUACCUAUGUUUUCCUAUGAAAAACUUCCGUGUGCACUCCAGGAUGACGACAUAUGAUGGCGUAUUUUCACGUCAGCACACGUAAAAUUUCGGACAAAAUAUCGUCUGAGUGACACUUCUGGUUGUGUAUCUAUUCUGUGGUCAAAUCAUGCUCAAAUAUCACGUGAUUGAAAUCCUCCUAUACACGGCAAAAAACGCCGAGUCCGUUGCUCAACAGGACCACAGAGUAGAGACAUACAGAGAUGUAGCUAGUGUACCCACUUUUUUGUGCGCGUGCUCGACAAGUUACUAGAUGCAUGCAUCUGAUUGGAUGACGACCUGAUGACGAUUCACUUUAAACUUGCUGAGCACGCCGGUCGCCUGAAAAAAAGUGGGUACAUGAUAACGUAGUCUUCCGCAGUGUUUACGAUGUUCAGUUACGUCUCUGUAUGUCUCUACUCUGUGACAGGACUGAACAAUGUUUUGCUGCCCACGUUGUUCACACUUGUCAACAAUAUUGAACAAUGUUGUUGAGCCUGAAUCGGGUGUAACAAUAUUGUUCAAUAUUGUUGACAGCUAUGAACAACGUAGGCAGCAAAACAUUGUUCAGUCCUGUUUUCAUCAGUAUUGCAUCAACCUGAGCGUUUUUUACCGUGUACAGUGUUUGAUAGAGCCAAACUAGACAAGCCUAUGGCUAUGGUGUAGACCCCUGCAGAAUUUCUGUUGGGGUUUACACCGUAGGCUAUAAAGCUGGACGCACUCUUCUUGGGUGGGACGGAGAGACAAUUAUAAUCAGACAACUCCUAAUCCUACUUAUCAGUUAGUACACGAAGUUGCAACCACUGGAAAAAGAAAGUGAAAUCCAUACUACGGAAUUUUGCAAUUGCACCACUAAAUCCAUAAUAUAUCCAUACUAUAUCCAUAGUAUAGAAAUAUACAAUUAUUAUGGAUAACCAAAUCCAUUUUGUUUACGAUAAAGGUCCAUACAAUUUCCAUUCUAUGACCUUUUAUGGAUUUUCAAUUUUUUUCCGUUUAUUCUCUCAUUAUUCUAUGAAUAUUUCUUCCCAGCAAGUUUUGUUGGUCAAUUCUUCCGCUGUUUCUCAGUCCUUCAAAACACGGCAAAAAUCUUAAAGACAGAUGUUCCUCCAUCAGCUAUCAAAUCAAUAAACGGAAUUCGAGUAAUCAGCAUCACAUGGGUCAUUCUCGGACACACAUUUGCUUCUUUCGCUUCCUCGCUUACGGGUAAGUAUAGGCCAAGGCCCAUUUCCACUUCAAAAUAUAUCAAGACCCAUCCUAGAGCGCCGGUUAUCGAGUACGUUAAUGUCGAGUUUGGUUUGUCGAACUUUCUCAUCAAUGGAGAGGUACCUGUACCUUAAUAAUUUUUAUACCCAUUCUCAACUCUGCUGUUUGUACUUUAUGAAGAAAGUUGCAACGAUAAAUUAGUACAACCAGAAUUAUUUAAAUGAGAUAUAAUACUGGAAAACGGGCGUCUCCGCUUAACUUAGAAAUAUUUAUAUUUGUCGUUUUUGUAGAGAACAAAGCGGGAAUGGCAAAAGACGGUCGGUUACUUACAAUGAUGGCCAUACUGAGUGGAACUUAUUCCGUCGACUCGUUCUUUUUCUUAAGGUAGGUGUCCCAAAAGGAUAUAUAAAGCAAAUUAUUUUUCUGGUUGUUUGUUUGUCGCUGCUUUUGUCGUUGUUCUUGUGACUGUUGUUACAAUCUGUUGUUAUUGUUGUUGUUGUUGUUGUUGUUGCUACUGCUGUUGUUGUUGUUGUUGUUGUUGUUGCUGUUGUUGUUGUUGUUGUUGUUGUUGUUGUUGUUGUUGUUGUUGUUGUUGUUGUUGUUGUUGUUGUUGUUGUUGUUGUUGUUGUUGUUGUUGCUGUUGCUGCUGUUGUUGUUGUUGUUGUUGUUGUUGUUGUUGUUGUUGUUGUUGUUGUUGUUGUUGUUGUUGUUGUUGUUGUUGUUGUUGUUGUUGUUGUUGUUGUUGUUGUUGUUGUUGUUGUUGUUGUUGUUGUUGUUGUUGUUGUUGUUGUCGUUGUUGUCGUUGUUGUUGUCGUUGUUGCCGUUGUUGUGGAUAACUACACGUUUGUUUUGUUUAGUGGCCUUCUCGUGGCAUACACAUGCUUCAGGAAACUUCAGAAAAACGAUGGCACAUUCAACUGGGUUCUCUUUUAUGUCCAUCGCUUUUGGAGGUAACACUGCGAAAAGAAUGCAUUUGCAAAAUAAAAUACUUUCCGGGGGAAAACAAGAUUGUUUUCUUGGGUGGACAAACAGGGAAACAUCAAAAUUCUGACAGCUUUGUUUGUUUCCUAGUUUGCCCUGGUGUUAAGAUUUUUCAUUUUUAAUCCAGGCUCACUCCAUCCUACAUGUUUGUGAUCCUGUUUUCAAUUCAUCUCAAGGGAUUCUUAACGGAGUCUCCGUUCUGGUAUUCGCAGUUUUUCGAUACGAUGUGUAGCAAAGAGUGGUGGAAAAACUUGCUUUAUAUUAAUAACUUUUUUACUGAUGCUGAACAGGUUAGUCGAAAGAUUUCC